AUGGCGGCACCUCCUCCGCCGCCGCGAGGAGGCAUGUCGCUCUACGCGAACCUCCUCGACUCGAAAGGCGAUUCCUCGGCAUCUAUAUCCAGCGCCCCUGUACUCUACGCUCAGGCAGGCACUGGUAGCGACUCCAAAGAUGACGCCGCAGCCAAGAAGGCUGCUGAUCCAGCCCCCGCCCCUGUACAACAACCUAGGAGUACACUGGCCGACUGGGCGGCAACGGAGGACGACGACUACACAUGGAAAGGGGGCGAGAAGCGGCAACGCGGCGGGCGCAGGAAAAGGAAGAAGAAGGACGAUCAGCGCAUGGAAACGGACUGGGACGAGUUAUAUGAUCCGGCGCGGCCAACCAAUGUCGAGGAGUAUCUGCGCAGCGACGAGCGCAUCCGGGAGGUUCAGGAGUGGAAGGCCGUGCUGUAUGCGCACCGCAGGCGGCGCAAGCCGAGUUACGAGAGCGAUGAAGAUGACGAGGACGAGGAUCACCGGCCGGCCGUGAGCAACCAGUUUGCUCCGCCAGCAGAAUACUCCUUUGCACCACCUCCUCCCUCGCCUCCGCACGACAAUCCUCCAGCUGCUCCACCUCCGCCCGACGAGAGUGCCGACGAGGCAUAUGCUCGUCGUCUUGCCCUGUCUGGAAUGGCAGCACCUCCACCGCCGGCGUCCCCUACGCCCCCACCUCCUCCGCCGUCUUCUGACGGUGCCACUAUCUCACGAGGACCGGUACGCUACGAGGCGCCUCCGCAGCCUCUUGAUGACAGGAUGGAUGUCGAUUCGGAGACCCAAUCUCCACCUCCAUCAUUUGCUCCUGACGCAGACUCAUCAAUGCCCGACUCCGAGACGACAGGACGGACGAACCGUCCGGGCCAGGCCGGCUUCGCCCAGCGGCUCAUGUCCAAGUAUGGCUGGACUGCCGGCUCGGGCCUAGGCGCCGACUCGUCAGGCAUCGUCAACCCACUCCGCGUACAAGUAGAGAAGCGACGGAAGCGCCCAGACGCCGAGGGUGGCGGCUUCGUGGACCCGGCCGGACGGGGCAAGAUCAUUGGCGGCAAGAGGUCUGGGGCCGCCGGGGCAGGAGAGGACGGCGGAGGCAGCAAGUUCGGCGCCAUGUCCGAGGUGAUCGUGCUGCAGAACAUGCUGGAGGGCAUGGACGACCUGCAGGGGGAGAUUGAGCAGGGCUUGGGACAGGAGAUUGGCGAAGAGUGCGGCGAGAAGUAUGGCCGCGUGGAGCGCCUGUAUAUUGACGUCCAGGGCCGGCAGGUGUUCAUCAAAUUCACGGACCAGGUCUCGGCGCUGCGGGCGGUGAAUUCCCUUGAAGGACGCAUCUUCAAUGGCAAUGCGGUCGCGGCGAGAUUUUAUGACUCAGAAAAAUUCGAGAAGGGUGUCUACGCAUGA